AUGCAGAACCUCCUACUGCUUAUCGGGCCGCCUUUCCACGCCGUCUCAAUUUAUAUGGUGUUCGGAAGACUCAUUGCUGCCUUGAAUGCGGAACAGUAUUCCAUCAUUAAGCUCAAAUGGUUCACGAAGUUCUUCCUUAUCGGCAAUGCCCUGUCCAUUCUCGCUCAAGCAGCUGAUGGUGGAAUGCUCUCUAGUGCAGACACGAAAGAGGCCUUGGACCAGGCAAAGAUGAUCGUCCUCAUUGGUCCCGGAGUCCAAAUUAUCUUUUUAAGCUUAUUUCUGGUCGCUACUGUGAUCUUCCACUACCGCAUUCAUCGCCGGCCGACCACCAAGAACUCCAAAAUGACUUCACCGCGGAAAAGACUUUUUAUAGUUCUUUACGGCACGUGCCUUCUCAUCAUGCUGCGAUCGAUCUUCCGAGUUGCGAAAUAUACUAGAGGGAAGGAGGGAGAGCUAAUAGCCAAGGAGUUCUAUAUUUAA